GAGGCGCGGCGGCGCGGUGGCGGCGGCGGCGGCUGCUCGGCCAGUACUCCCGGCCCCCGCCAUUUCAGACCGGGAGCGAGCGCGGUGCAGGCACUGAAGGCGGCGGCAGGGGCCAGAGGCUCGGCGGCUCCCAGGUGCGGGAGCGAGGCCUGCUGAAAAUGACUGAAUAUAAACUUGUGGUAGUCGGAGCUGGUGGCGUAGGCAAGAGUGCCUUGACGAUACAGCUAAUUCAGAAUCACUUUGUGGAUGAAUAUGAUCCUACAAUAGAGGAUUCCUACAGGAAACAAGUAGUAAUUGAUGGAGAAACCUGUCUCUUGGAUAUUCUCGACACAGCAGGUCAAGAGGAGUACAGUGCAAUGAGGGACCAGUACAUGAGGACUGGGGAGGGCUUUCUUUGUGUAUUUGCCAUAAAUAAUACUAAAUCAUUUGAAGAUAUUCACCAUUAUAGAGAACAAAUAAAAAGAGUUAAAGACUCUGAAGAUGUACCUAUGGUCCUAGUAGGAAAUAAAUGUGAUUUGCCUUCUAGAACAGUAGACACAAAACAGGCUCAGGACUUAGCAAGAAGUUACGGAAUUCCUUUUAUUGAAACAUCAGCAAAGACAAGACAAGGUGUUGACGAUGCCUUCUAUACAUUAGUUCGAGAAAUUCGAAAACAUAAAGAAAAAAUGAGCAAAGAUGGUAAAAAGAAGAAAAAGAAGUCAAAGACAAAGUGUAUAAUUAUGUAAAUACAAUUUGUACUUUUUUCUUAAGGUAUACUUAAGUAAAAGUGGUGAUUUUUGUACAUUACACUAAAUUAUUAGCAUUUGUUUUACUUUAGCAUUACCUAAUUUUUUUCUGCUCCAUCCGAACUAUUAGCUUUUAUCUUGAAUGCUUGUUUUAAAAUGACAGUGGAAACUUGUUUUCCUCUAAGUGCCAGUAUUCCCUGAGUUUUGGUUUUUGAACUAGCAAUGCCUGUGAAAAAGAAACUGAAUACCUGAGAUUUCUUUCUUGGGGUUUUUGGUGCAUGCAGUUGAUUACUUCCUAUUUUUCUUACCAAUUGUGAACUUUGGUGUGAAACAAAUUAAUGAAGCUUUUGAAUCCUCCUUAUUCUGUGUUUUAUCUAAUCACAUACAUGGUUUAAUUACUUUAUAACUUCAGUUGAGAAUUCAUGAUUGGUUUUACCAAAACAUUGAGGGAACAUGAAUUUCUGAACUUCCUGUAGAUUCAUCUUGUAGGCAUCAUGUCCUCUAGUUUCAGUCACCCUUAAUGAAUGUAAAUUUACACUGUUCCCAAAGGUUUUCUUCUUCUUUCCACUGCUAUUUGUCAUAGUCAUGUUCCAAAAAAUAUUAUAUUUUUUCUAUAAAA